AAAAACAUAAACAAAAAUGUCUGUCAUCGGGCAACUGUCAGGGGAAUGUUUUGGCUUUAAAUUGUCACUAGCUCGGUAUUGGGUAUACAGUCGCUGAAGGUCCGCUGCGGGAGGAUUUCUUAAUUUUUAUUGUUUGAGUCGUUGCAACCCAUUCACCACUAAACUACUAUCUUAAAAUAAAGAUAAAAAUGUUCUACCACAUUUCGUUGGAGCAUGAGAUCCUAUUGCAUCCUCGUUACUUCGGCCCGCAACUAUUGGAGACCGUGAAGCAGAAAUUGUACACUGAAGUUGAGGGAACAUGCACGGGGAAAUAUGGUUUUGUGAUUGCCGUGACAACAAUCGACCAGAUUGGCUCUGGAGUGAUCCAGCCAGGACAAGGCUUCGUCGUUUACCCCGUAAAAUACAAGGCAAUUGUGUUCCGACCGUUUAAGGGUGAAGUGCUCGAUGCAGUCGUGAAGCAAAUAAACAAGGUUGGGAUGUUCGCCGAAAUUGGGCCGCUGUCCUGCUUCAUAUCACAUCAUUCCAUCCCGGCCGAUAUGCAGUUCUGCCCGAACGGCAAUCCGCCCUGUUACAAAUCAAAAGACGAGGACGUGGUCAUAUCCAGUGAAGACAAAAUCAGACUGAAAAUUGUGGGAACUCGCGUAGAUGCCACUGGAAUCUUUGCCAUCGGAACGCUCAUGGACGACUACCUGGGUCUGGUCUGCAGCUGAAUUUCAUGUCAACGUAUCUUUAAGUCUAAAUCCUUUUUUAUUGCUAUUAAAAUAAAAAUUAGAUAAAGUUAACGAGAGAA